AUGGGUAGUGUCCACCGUCAAUCGGCUGACUACGAGCCAGUAGGCCUAUCGGCUCGUGCCCGUAGGCCGAGAGAGGCUUCAAGUACUAGCGAGUGGGGGGAUUUAUUUUCGGAUUCGGAUGGCACGGGUUCAACUCUUGAGGAAUACAUAUCGAUAUCAACAUCACCCUCACAAUAUCUAUGA